ACCCCCUUCCAAAUAUCCCCUCCAAAAGAAAAAUAAAAGACCAAACAAUUUUUAAAAAAAUCCAAACUCAUCUAAUUUUUCUCUCUCAUCCAAAAACCGUUGUUGUGAAAUGUACUUGUGUUUCCACAGUUGUCGUUGUGGUUAAACAACAGUUCCUUUCCUCUCCAACACAAAUUUCUCCACAUUUUCUCUCUCCUCCCAACAAUGGCGUCCACCUCUUCCCGGCGAACUCCCGGCGCCGGCGGAAAAAUUGUCAAGAAUCGGAGAGUUCAGCACUCUCCCUAUUCUCGACCUCCGCCUUCUCCUCCGCGUUCCGACGACGUCGAAAACCCUAAUUGGCUUUCUGGUUUGAUUUAUCCUGCUAAAGCCAUUGCAACUGGUGCUGGAAAGAUUCUUUCCUUUUUCGGCAAUGAUUAUUCGUCUUCUUCUUCUUCCUCCGCCGAAGAUUCUUCUGAAAAUGAUGAUGGUCAUGAGGAGAUUCAGAAUGGUAUGUCGUUUCAAGAAGAUGAUCACUUUGAUAAGGUGCUAUCACCAUCCAGCAAGAGUGAUACUAAGCAUGCAAUCGAAGAGUUGGUGAGCCAGGAAGCAUACUCAAGGAAAGAAGCAAGUGAACUGAUAAAGCUUGUCAGAUCUCGUAUUGUGGAUACCAGUGGAACUUCUGGUGAAACAACUCCAAAUGUGCGCACCACAGCGAUUAUGGAAGCCCGGAAAUGGCUGCAGGAGAAAAGAUCAGGUUCAAAGAAAACACUUGAGAAUGAGCUUGAUGUUUCGAAUAUGGCCUCACCAUCCCAGAUCUCCAGAAAUGAGAAGGGCUCCCCAGUGGAUAUGGCGAGAUCAUAUAUGCAGAAUCGUCCUGCCUGGGCAUCUCCGUCUUCAAAGCAAGCUGAGGUUGGAUUUUCAUCACCAUUGGGCAUACUAAAUUUUAAGGAUGAAACACCAAAGUCAACGUUCCGCAGUUCUGAGGUAAAGAAAAGUUCUUUUACUUCUGGUUCAUUUAAUUUAUUAGAUGAAAUUCGAAGAGUACGCUCUAAGGCUACAGAAGAAUUAUUAGCUGCUGCACCAUUGACAAAGACCAUUCGAUCUUCAUUCUCUCCUGAAAGAAAUAUGCCUCAAGAUUCCUUGAUGAAUAAAGGAGUCACAGAGGGAGCAGGCCCUGCAGAGUCUAAACAUGAUCGGCAAGAAAAUGUUUUGCCAGAUGCUGCAGAGAGUACCCCUUUUAGAGUUUCUCAGGAUGGCGAUGCUGUUUUAUCUAAGGAGCACCACGAGUCCCAGGAAGCAGCUGAGUUGAAGCAUAACAGUAUUAAUGAAGUGAAGCAGUUGAAGAACAUCACAGCAGAAAAUGGUUUCGGGUGUUCUGCAUCUGGUUUGGCUGAAGGACAGGACACACAUGAAGCACGUCCAUCUGAAGGAGAAGAUGGAAAUAUGGUUGAUUCAAGCCAAGGAGGCCGCGAUAUUCAUAUGGAGAACUUAAAACCUCAAGAGGAGCCAGCUACAGACAUCACAACUGAUACUGUGAUUAAUGGGUCGCAGAAUAGCUCUAGCAUGCAGCAGGAAGAACUAUCGCAAAGUUUCAGUCAACCAGUUGCAGAAGAUGUCCCAUCACCCAAAGUGAAGGACACGCAGAAGGAGAGAAAAUCAAGGGGAUACACUCGGAGAGGCAGGGGAAGGGGUAAAUGAAUUGCUCACUUAACACUGUAACUCCAGUUGUAUCAUGUUCUGUAUUCUAGUGUAGAAUUAAUCUUAACACAGGUAGAUCAUAUGUUAGGGUUUGAACUUUGAAGUAGUCCUUUGCAUUUAUCAGCCUUCAAUCAGUCUAAUCAUGAUGAUUUUAGGCUCCGUGUAGUUGGUAGUGUAUGGCAGUAGAAGUGAAUACAAUACGUGAUGGUUUGUGUAGCUAUUUAUGGGAUAAAUUCCCACUGAUUUAUUUCUUAAUUAUUAUUAGUUUAACAUUUGGCAGUUUGAUUA